AUGAAGCGACGCAGUGGGGUUCGUUCAAAAACUACGUUAGCAGACCCAGAUUUUGCUUCUAAUCUGAAAGCCAAGACAUCAAGGCAUAAUAAUAUAAAAGUGAUAGCAAGAUUUCGUCCUUUGAUUGACUAUGAAAUGGGAGAAGAAAAUCAAGCUUGCAGUGAUAAUCACAGUUUAGUAACAUUUUUAUCAGAAAACUCCUUGGCAGCUGGCCCUGGGUUUGAGACUUUUACACUUGACCAUAUUUUUGAUCCUGAUGCGAAACAGUCAGAUAUAUAUGAAACUGUAGGUAAACCUGUUAUUGAAGAUGUACUAAAUGGCUAUAAUGGCACAAUAUUUGCAUACGGGCAAACUGGAAGUGGCAAAACUCAUACUAUGAUGGGAAAAAACAUUUUUGAAGAAGAGCAUAAAGGAAUAAUUCCCAGGGCUGCUGCGCAAAUUUUUGAAGCUGCUCAUUCAGAUUAUGGAGAAAUUGAAUAUACCUUAAAAUGUUCGAUGCUUGAAAUAUAUAAAGAAACUCUUACCCUCUCUUUAGAGCAAACAAACCAUCGGAAAAUUUCUAUUUUUGGGUAAAAAACUCAACCUCUGUGAGUAAAAAAAAUUUUAUUAAAAAAUAUUUUGAUAUAUUAGUGAUAUUUAGUAUAAAGUGAUAUCUAAAAAAUUCUGUUAAAAUUUAAAUUAAAAAAUAAUUCUAAUUUUUGAUUUCCAAUUUUGUAAAUACGAAAAAAAGAUUAAACCACCUCCAUAUGAGAUAAUUUUUUUUGGUUGCUAUAAGUGGAAGUUAGAGAUUUAUUAGUAGAUGACCCUGUAAAACUUAAAAUAAAGCAAUGUCCUAGAAAAGGAAUUCAUGUUCAGGGCCUCAGCGAAGUUUGUGUAACUAAUGAAAACGAUAUGCUUGAGGUGUUGGCAUUAGGACAGCAACUAAGAACUGUUGCAUCAACAAAGCUAAAUAAAACAUCAUCAAGGUCGCAUUUAUUAUUUACUUUAGAAGUCAAUCAGAAAUUACCGAACGAUAGUGAAAAGAAAGGAAAAUUAAAUUUGGUCGACUUGGCUGGAAGCGAAAAAGUUAAUAAUUCUGGAGUGACAGGAAAUAAGCUUGAGGAAGCUAAAAAAAUUAAUUUAUCACUCUCCGCGCUUGGAAAUGUUAUUCAUGCUUUGAUUUCUUAUUCCGAUCAUAUACCAUACCGUGAUUCUAAACUGACAAGACUGUUACAAGAAUCUCUAGGUGGAAACUAUAAAACAACCUUAAUUGUGGCUUGUUCGCCAUCGCCUCGUGCAAUGGAAGAAACACUAAACACUUUAAAUUUGCGUUGCGAGCUAAAAAAUAAAAAAUAAAGCUACAGUAAACAUAAAAAAUUCUCCAGAGAGCUAUAUAAAAAUGAUUGAAAAAUUAAAGGCAGAAUUGGCUGAAGCUCGCAGCGAAAUAAAUCUUUUACGCUCUGAAAGAGAUUCUACAGCUUACACAGGUGAUUCUCAAAGCAUCACUUCGCUAUCUCCUCUUCUAAAAGAUCCUAUUUUGCGUGGCCUUUCCCAUUCUAAAACAAUAAUCCUUUCAGAAACUGUAACCCCCAAAAACUCCGUUGACAAUUCUAGACUAUCCCUAUACGAGGAUUCUCAGCUUGAUAUAAAAAAAUCUCCAUUUAUAGCGUUUGAGCCUGAAUAUUUAACUGGAUCUUUCCAGCUAGAAGCUGAUAGGCAGCUGGAUUCUUCAUUUCCUCUAUCAUUAUCUCCAGAAAUCGUUAGAGAUGGAGAGAAAUAUGACAGGAAACUAGAAAAAUACAAAAAGAAAAAUAAAUUCCUUAAGAGAGAAAACAACGAAUUAAGAGAAAAAAUAACAGAAUUAGAAGGAAAAUUAGCUUCAGCAAAAACAAAACAGCUGCAAAAUGAGCAAAAAGCUCAUGAGUUUUAUGAAAAAUAUCAUAAAUUAAUGUUAGGAAGCAGCAAAGAAAAUAAUGGAUUGAAGCUAAUUCAAGAGGAAAAUGAAAGAUUAGCACUGCAGGUCAGUAAAUUUACAAAAGCCUUGGAUGAGGUUAAUAGAAAAUUUAAAGAAGUAAAUGAAAAAUUGGCAAAUCCUAGGCUCGUUACACAAGUGGAAUUUGAUGAAUUGUCUGAGAAAAGUGUGAUGCAAUGCAAUACACCAGUGAUGGCAGAUUAUGAAGCAAGUGAGCUAGAAAUCUGUCGAACUGAAAAUAUUGAAUUAAUAUCAAGCACAUUUUCAAUAAAUUUUGACGGCUGGAGAAGCGCCUCAGAUGUGUACACUGAUGAGAUUAAAAGAGCUAUAGAAUUUAAUGGUGAGUUGAAUAGAAAUAUUUCAAUUUUUCACUUGAAAAAUCAGCUUUUUCAUGCAAGUGUGAUUAACUCAAAUUUGGUCCGAGGAAUCCACGGAUUAGACUGAAAAUUCAGACUACUAGCUGAUAAAUACAGCCUUAAAAAAAUAAUGAUAAAGCAUCAAAAAGAGCAAAUAGAUGGACUGGAAAAAAUGAUUGAUAUUUUGCACGAUUCCCAUAAGCAUAUGCUGAAACUCUAUGAGCAAGUGAACCCAGAGAAACCAAAGCUAGCAAGCCGAGAUCCUAUUUUUGUUCCUAAAUCGCAAAUGCUUCGGAGCUUUACGCCCAUUAACACUACUCAAAAAAGAAGAUUUACUGCUAUUUCGACUCCAAAAUUCACUGAGUCUUGUGAAUCAGAAACUACAAAAUCAAGAGAUGACUUAUUCUGUGACAAAAAUGACAGCUUCAGUUUCCAAAUAAAAUAUAAUAGUAUAGAAACAAGCCUUGAGCUCCAAAGGCUUUAUAACCUUGAGCUUAAAAAAACAAAUGAAAUUUUGACUGAACAGUCAGAAACCUACCAGAAAAUGCUUAAUGAAUUCGAAAAGGACAUUUUCAAGGCUCAGAGAGAAGAGCGCGAGCGAUGGAGAAAGUUCUUUGUAGAGCUUAAAGAAAAUUGUGAAUCUGAGUUAUUAAGAAAACAAUCAGAAGUAAUCAGGCUUAAUACAUUAUUAGGUUCCUGGGCAGACCGAUAUAUGGAAUUGCAAGAAACCAUCAAUCCAUUAAAUAAACCGCUUCCAGAAUCUUCUUACGAAGAAAUAAAAACUUUAAUAAAAGAAACAUUAAGGAAUACUCAUAAAGAUUCCAUUACAAAUUUGAAGAAAGCGCUUAGAAGAUCGCCAUUAAAAAAAAGUUUUUCAAGUGCAAUGGCUUUUAUAAAGCCUUCUGGAGAUAUCCCUAUAUAA